AUGUCAAAAUCAGAUGUUGCUAAGUUGCAGGCGCCACACGAAGACCGAACCGCAGGGCUGCUACAAACCACAACAGAGAAAUUGGAAGAAAAACUUAUAGAGCGGAUUGCAGUAGAGGAGCUCUCGCAAAAAGUUGAAAAAAUUUCUGAGCCCCCGGUCGUUGAAGCAGCAAAACCUACAGAAGACGUCAGAGACGACAUUUCUAAACUCUUGUCUGGCAGAGUUAUGCAGCAAUCUUUGCAGGCCAAAUAUAGUCAAUGCAUGCUGAACUAUUAUCAAGCACAACAACAAUUUUACAAAGAUAUGAUGCAGUACCAAUCUCAAUACCCAAAACCGAAACCGCAAGUUUCACAAACAGAAGUUGUAACACUAAUGAAGAAGAUAGACAAAAUUGAAAGGGAAAGAGCCAAAAUAGCAGCUGUGCCGAUUCUACCGAACAGAUUUCGUUCAAUCAGUAAACCAGCGACCAUGAAGAACGAGGAAGCUGAGUCUAUCCCUGCAGUUUCACAUUUAAAACCUUUGACGGAUGAAAAUGUUUACCAACCAGAAGACUUAUACAGUGAACCAAUUACCACGAGAGAAAGGGACCAGGAUGUGAUGGAUGUAGAAAACGCUGCGACAAACGAGCAAAGUACCGACAUACCGUCGCGUUUACAACAGACCAUCCACACAGCCGGUACGCAGGCCGUAACAAAGACCAAUGAAUUGUCCAGGGAACCUGAAUCAAUACCGGAGGUAUUCCACCAAGAAGCUUCAGCAACGAACGUCAAGUACGGUACUCAAACUAAAGAGGUAGAUAUUGAAAGAGAUCAGAUUUCCCCAGAGAUUGAGAUAGACUUUCCGGAAGAGUUCAGGCCUCAAAAAGUCAAACAGACAACAGAAUCGACUAUCCAUGAUGACAUUAACAAAGAAACACCAAGUGAAAUGUCAGAAAUACCAACACCCAGUUUCAAAUUUGAAGAAAAUGUGCCUUUGUCGGUGCUGCUGAAGAAGGCACGAGUCAAAAACCAACUAGAAAGUUUUAAGACGUUUAUGGAUUCUAUAAAUACAGAGCAUGUUGUGAAAAUGUCGAAAUGCCCACCUGAAAAGCCUCCUGCGUGCCCCCCUAAACCUCCGAAAUGUCCCCCUAAAGCGCCUAAAUGUCCUCCCGCGCCGUGUCCUAAACCGGCGAAGGCCGACUGCACACCGAAGAAGCCAAGAUGUCCACCGGCCGCUAAAGUCGACCCUUGUAAGAAGAAGAAACCAUGCCCUGACCCUUGCGGACCACCGAAGUGUCCGCCAAAGAAGAAGGGACCUUGCUCAAAAUGUUGCAGCACAGGCAAACCUUGGUUCGACCCACAAAGACCAAUUUACUCAUUAGUGUCACGGUACAGCGAGCAGUCAAUAUUUACUACCGUUUGUAAUGGUAGCUUCAAGGAGACACCGUUCUAUGGAGACUUUGAAGUCGAAACUGACCCGAAAAAAGGGAUGCUCCACGCCCCUAGAGGAAUUAUUAGAUGGGCUAGGGACUUCGAGCCGUGGACGCCGAUUCCCUGCUGGCCAGUCCCGAAAAAUGAGAAGAAGAAGAAGUUGUUGUGCCCACAAGACGGUUGCAAGGGCAUACCACCUCCGAAGGACGGGGAUUUUUGCCACCCUAAACAAAAGCCUUUUCAAAACGAAGAGUCGCCGAUAUUGAGCAGGAGUUUCUCCAAAACGGAAUGGACCAAACCGAAGUUCGAUCUCACAAAACCGUACAAGGACAUAGCAGAGAAGUGUGAUGAAAAGAAAUACGCGAAAAAUGAUGAGAAGCCUGCAAGAUUUAAGAACGAUGUUAAGAAAGCCAAUAGGAAUUGUAGUGCGCGAAAAAUGGCGCCGGAAUCAGUUAAGAACAAAAGCUGUAUUUUAAUGGAGUCGCUGAACUUGCAAGAGUUGCUGGCGCCGCCAAUGGCAGCUGUGUGUUACGUAGUCGCCCGGCACAACUCCAAUGACGCGAAGAACGAAGUAUUCUGGCGACCACUGCCGACUGAUCCAAAAAUGCAAGAGCAGCUCAGUAAGAUAAGUAAGUACCUUCAAAUGAGCUACUUUAUUAACAAGCAGCUGUUCGUGGACAGACAGACGCAAAACGUACCCAUGCGUGAGAAUGAUACCAAUAAACCAACGGUAGAAUGA